GACAGGGGGGCGGAGCCCUGCAGAAGAUGGCGUUCCUUCGCUGUAGGCGAGAUCCCUGCGGCGUUAUCUGUCUUAUUUUAACGUAUUUCAGCGUGUUUUACGCCGACUACGUGGUCAUACAGUAUGUCCUCAUCCCCGCCUACUCGGACAGGUGAGUACUUCGUGUUUUUACGCCGUUUGAAGCCUAAAAAAACCAACAUGGCGCCCGCUCCUCGCGCUGUCUCCAUUCAUUUGACAGCAGGUUUGACAGCAUCCAUCCAUCCACCCGUCCUCUCUCUCUAUCCCUCCUUCUGUGUGUUUUUCUGCUCUGAGCGGGUUUUUCUCACAGGAACACGACUUUAAUUCAUUAAAAGUGUGAGUUUAAAGUGGUUUUGUGUAUAAAGGUGAUAGAAUAACGUGUUUUUGUUCCGUUUGUUUACGAGCUGGAGGUCUGAUCCGCACUGGAGCAUCACGGAGGAGGAUCCUGUUUGCAAAUAAAUACAAGAAAUAAACAAAAACGACGAGAGAAUAAGUUUAAGUUGACUAUUUGAAUUACAGUUAAUGACUGUUCAGUCCCGGAUCACUCAAAGAAGUAUAUCAUUACUUUAACUUCAAUAUUAUUUUGAAGUAUGGUUCUGCAAUGUGAGAAGACAAUAAAGGCAUUCUAUUCUAUUCUAUUCUAUUCUAUUCUAUUCUAUCCAAGUUAAACUAUAGAGUCAUCAACAAUUAAAGUGCUGAGUAUUUAAUCUGAAGAGGGAAGUGAAAGUGUAAUGAAAAGUAAGAAUCAAACUGUUUUUAAUACUUUUGCUUUCAUUCUUUUUAUUCAGUUAGAGUUAGGGCUGGACGAUACGGGACAAAGUUUAUCACAAUAUAUUUUUUUAUAUAUCAGUCACAAUCAAUAUAUAUCAUGAUAUAAAAAAAAUACUUGUCGAUCUUAAAGGUUCCCUAUUAAGGUCCUUUCACACCGGGACGUCAAUUUUAUUUCGAACCCAUAUCCUGUCAAUACAAGCGUUAACGUCAGCGACGUUUUCCCGUCCCGUGAUAUUGCGGAAUUUAUUUUUUCGUAUCACGGUCGAAUUUUCUAAAGUUUCGCAUACUGUGUGUCCACUUCUGACCGAUCAGGUUUCGUGUUGUUGUGACGUCUGAUUCACCGGUAUAUCCAACAUGGCCGAUAGGCUGAUUGUUUACGAUCGUUUACACAAACAUUACAAAGAUAACGACCUGAAGGAUGACAUAGCGUCGUAUUUCUCAUAUGACGAUGGUUUGUGUGCUUAUCGUCUUUGUUUGAAUUUCAUCUGUGCUAACGUAAGCUAACGGUUGUUACCAUAGUUACAACAGUGCUGUUGGCUUCAUGUGUUUAAGUGCUUUGGUUGCGUGUAGCUGCUGUCUGCUAUGACGCAGUUGUUUGAUACUCAGUUCUUAUUCAGCGGCUAUUCAUAUAGUCUACCAAAACAUGGUUGAAUGACGACUAUCAAAAAGGAUAUUGGCCAUGUUCUAUAUUGAUAUUGAGGGAAAUUAAUUUUCGAUAUAUAUCAUUAUUGUUUUAUCGCCCAGCCCUAGUUAUAGUUAAAAAGUUGAAUGUAGUGAAGUACAACGUUUAGCCACUAAAGUAAAAACACAAACAGUCAGAAAACAGUGUGUUAUUUAUUAUUGUGAUACAAGAUACAAAUUGAAUCUGCAACAGUUUUUACAACCAUAUGUAACUGGAGGGGGAUUCUGUGAAGUUAAAAAAUUAAAAAACAAAGAAAUGAUAGAAAAAGUAAAGUGCUGAAACUCCUGUGAGAACUUUUUUAAACCGGUCUGUCCGGUCACUCUUACUCCUCUCCCUGCUCUCCUCUCUCAUUCUUACUCAUCCUUUCUCAAAAUGCUGUUCACUUUCACCCCUAAAACACCGGGACAGGAUCCAAUCAUGUGUUUCACGGCGAUAAAGAAGCAAACUUUUGAUUAAAAUCUCUUUUUCUGUCUCUGAAAAAGCGUUUGGUGUACUCUUCACGGAUCAGUGUUCAACCUGAUUCUGCUGCUGCUGCUGGCCUGCCACUCCAAAGCCGUCUUCUCAGAUCCCGGUCAGUAACUCAACGUUAUAAUCACUCCUGUAACUUGUUUUCAUGUUUGUGUUUUUGAUAUUAAGGAUGUUGUUUUUUUCCGUAGGCAUGGUUCCCCUUCCCGACACAGCGAUCGACUUCUCAGACCUGCGAUCGCAGUCGUCUCGGAUGAACGAACGGGUGAGUCAGUUGGAGAAAGUCCUGCAACAGUUUCCUUCUGCUUUUCUAAAUCUGGAACUUUUUUUUCUGACUCAAACUGAUUUUACUGCUGAAUAGACGCGUUUUGUCCACUUUAGAAAUCUGCAGACCUGCUUCAGAGACACCUGCUGCGUCUGUUAGUCCACAGAGAAUGACCUAUCAGCUUUUUAUUUGAGAUUUAUCCAAAUCAAACAAAUGAUGAAAGUAUUAUCCUGUCAUCAAGAGUUCAACAAAGUGGAUUUGAAGUUACAGAAAGAGAUAAAGCAGGAUAAUAGCAGAGGGGAUUUCAGGGAGAUUGUGGUUUCUGCCUGAUUGUAGCUCUAUUAUCAGUAAGUGUGUAUUUACCUUCUGUUGACUCGGUGUUUAAACGUCAGCAGCUGCACUUUUGUCCAUGUUCGGCCUCGUCAUUUUGUUCUCAUGAGCCUAAUGACAGACGCCUGUGAGGGAGGCGGUGUCUGGAUCGUGUUGCAUUCAAUGACAGGGCUGAUGUGUUAGACUUUAGGUGGACUAAAACAGGACAUUUUGCAGGGGUGUGACGUUUAAAGUUUCUUUUUUCCUUCAACUUUGAUGCAUUAAAACGUGAUCUCAAGUGUGUUUUUAAAGUUUAUAAUAAUAAAUAAAGAAUUAGUAAAUGUUAAUUUAAAAUUUGGGUUCAACUUUCUGUAAAAAUAGCAGGUACAUGGUCCAAUGUGUUAAGAUUUAGUGCAGAAUUAAAUGCAGUGCUGAAAUUAUCAAAUAAAAGUUGAAGAGCAACUACUUAAUAUGUGAAAAAUAUUCUGCUUUUCUGACUGAUUUAUUGUAAAUUCAGUUUUUAAAAAAAAUAGAGAUGGUAAAUAAAAAGAAAAAAGAAAAAAAAACUUGUUUCAACUUUUUUGUGAAUUUUUUUACUUGAUUCUAAAAAAAAUAAGUCAAAAAUAGAGUUGUUUGACGUCACAGAAGGUCUAUAUGGACAAGGAUUAAGGCUUUUAUUUGGUGUGACUUGUUCUAAUAAAAGAUUUGACUCCAAACUCAAAAAUUUUGAGAAAAAAAUGCAAUUCUGACUUUUUUUUUUCAGAAUUCUGAGUGAAAUUGAAAUAGUCGAAAUUGUCACUUUGUAACUUUUUUUUACUGUUAAGUAGCCUUAAUUUACUCAAAAGUUCUAAAAUUCAAUUAAUACAGGAUAAAGUAAAAAAUAUGAAUUCCAAAAUUAAUACUUUUUUUUAAAAGCCAAAAAAAUGUUUUUUUUUUAACUGUUGCUCCUUUUUUGUAGCAUUAAUCUGUAUUUCUGCAAAAGUUCUCAAAUUCAGUUAAUACAAGAUUAACUUGAAAAUCUGAAUUUCAAAAGUAUUUCUUUUGUUGAAAAGUCAAAAAGACUAUUUUUGAUUUUCUGUCCUUUUUUCUGAAUUUUGGGUGAAAUUGAAAAAAGUUGGGCCUAAAAAAACUGUUAAGAACUUUUGAUUUUUGCAUAAAUACAGAAGUAGAACAAGUUCUUAAGUUCAAUUAAUACAGAAUAAAGUUGAAAAACCUGAAUAUCAAAAUUAAUACUUUUGUUGGAAAGUCAAAAAGACUAUAUUUUUGACCUUCUGUCCUAUUUUUUUCUGAAAUGUGGUGAAAAUUGAAAAAGUCAAACCUGAAAGAAAAACUGUCAAGUCGCCUUAAUCUACUAAUGUAUUUGCAAAAAUCAAAAGUUCUGAAAUUCAAUUAUUACAGGAUAAAGUUGAAAAUCUGAGAAUCAAUACUUUUGUUGAAAAGUUGAAAAGACUGUAGUUUUGACUUUCUGUUUUUUUCUUUUUUCUCAGGGGUGUGAAGGUUGGACGGUGUGCAGUCGAUGUGAAACCUACAGACCUCCCAGAGCGCAUCACUGCCGAGUCUGUCAGAGAUGUAUACGCCGCAUGGACCACCACUGUCCCUGGUGAGACGACGCCUUCAGUCCAGAUACAUUUUAACAGUUUCAGGUGUUUUUUGUAAAUUUUAACACUUUGUUUGAUUUUUAGGAUCAAUAACUGCGUAGGAGAGCUAAACCAGAAAUAUUUUAUCCAGUUUCUCUUCUACACGGGUGAGUACAGACACGAUACGACAAAUCUGCUUCCCCCAUAUUGAUAUAUUCCUGUAUCUGACCGUUUAAUUGAUUUGUCGUAUUUUCCUGUUUGUCUGCAGGCAUGGCCAGUCUGUACUCGCUGAUUUUGGUGGUGUCGGCCUGGGUGUGGAGGAUAAGAAGCGAGAGAGACGGAGAUGCGGAGAAAGACGGCGAGGAGACGCCCAGCAAACACCUGAUAGUGUGAGUUUUUUUAGUGUCAGUGUAAAGUCUGGUGUUUAUCCAUCUUGAUUCGCUAACAUGUGUUUGUGAUUUCUCCUCCAGUGCUCACUACAUCAUCCUCCUGGUGGAGUCGGUGCUGUUUGGUGUGUUUGUUAUGGUCAUCUUCUAUGAUCAGGUAUUAACACAGACAAUUUUACAUUAAAGGUGGGGUAGGCAGGAUCUGUUCAGUUACAGACACUUGUCUUACUUUGUUAAAGCGGUUUACCUGUCCAGCAGAAAGGUUACAGGGUCACCAAGAUCCCCAAGCGUCCCCCAUCGUUUAUGUUGACCCGGCUUUUUAGCUCUUGUCCGGUCUACCUCCGUUUUAAGCGCCCGUUAUUCCUCCAGAGUCUCCGGUAUUUACUUUGUUUUCUUGCUUGUGUCGGCAGUCGUGGCUAAAGGAGGAUUCAGACAAUUUUCCGAACUUUCUGGUUUGUUUCUACUGUCCGAUAUUGUAGCACGCUAACACACUGUUUUCUUGCUGACUGUUUUCUUACUAACUGUUAUCUUGUUGACUGUUUUCUUGCUGACUGUUUUGGGGUUGACUGUUUAUGGUUGACUGCUUUUUUGCUGACUGUUUUCUUGUUGACUGUUUUCUUGUUGACUGUUUAUGGUUGACUGUUUUCUUACUGUUUUCCUGUUGACUGUUUUCUUGUUGACUGCUUUCUUGCUGACUGUUUUCUUACUGUUUUCUUGCUGACUGUUUUCUUACUGUUUUCUUGCUGACUGUUUUCUUGUUGACUGUUUAUGGUUGACUGUUUUCUUACUAACUGUUUUCCUGUUGACUGUUUUCUUGUUGACUGCUUUCUUGCUGACUGUUUUCUUACUGUUUUCUUGCUGACUGUUUUCUUACCAACUGUUUUCUUACUAACCGUUAUCUUGUUGACUGUACUCUUGCUGACUGUUUUCUUGUUGACUGUUUUCUUGUUGACUGCUUUCUUGCUGACUGUUUUCUUACCAACUGUUUUCUUGUUGACUGUUUUCUUGCUGACUGUUUUCUUGCUGACUGUUUUCUUGUUGACUGUUUUCUUGCUGACUGUUUUCUUGCUGACUGUUUUCUUGCUUGUGUCGGCAGUCGUGGCCAAAGGAGGAUUCAGACAAUUUUCCGAACUUUCUGGUUGGUUUCUACUGUCCGAUAUUGUAGCACGCUAACUUUGUUUGGGCUCCUGAACGACACGGGGGAGCAGCGUCUGCCUCACAACCAAUCAGGUUAGAGGAGGUGGAGAACGGCUUUGUUUACAGUCAGAAAGUGCGGAUGUUUGAUAGCAUGGUAACAUACCGCCACUCUGACAAUUAGAGACCAAUGGCGGAAUGUCGGAAUGGCGGUUGCCCCCCUUUUAUCUGAAAGCCCUCUGUUCUCCGACACGUAAACAAUCAGCCGGUCUGAAUCUGACGUCGCAACAACACACAAUCUGAUUGGUCAGAAGUGGACACUCAGUAUGCGAAACCGCGAUACGAAAAAAUAAAUGCCGCAAUAUCGCAGGACGGGAAAACGUCGCUGAUGUGAACGCUUGUAUUGACAGGAUACGAGUUAAAAAAAAAAUAUUGACGUCCGAAAUAAUCGCCCCCGAUGUGUAACGACCUUAAUUCUCAAAAACGAGUAUUUGUGUUUAUCGUGAACUCAGGAUUCAAAUGUCACACUGUUUGUUUGUUUUGUUUGUAGUUGGUCUCCAUCAUCACCGACGAGACGCCCAUAGAGCAGAUGAGAAACAGGUUGAUGAUCAAAGACAGAAGCUCCUCUUCGUCGUCCUCCUCCACCUCUACCUCCUCCUCCUCCGUCUCUCAGCUGCCUCACCAUCCUCCACACACCCGCAAACCGAAGCUGGCUCUGCUGCGGGAGGUUUUUGGAAGAGGUGAGCUCGUGUUAAUCAUCUCCGGCCUCACGGACGAUCUCACUUCGAGCUUUUUACCGAUCACCUCUUCUUCUCUCCAGGUUCGGUCUUUUGCUGGCUCCUCCCUCUCCACUCCAGCCCGCCGUCGGUCGGCGGCAUCAGCUACUCCGCCCUUCCUGACUACGAUGUCUAACUCUCGACCCGUGAGAGCCGGUAGAGGAAGGCAAGGCGGGUUUUUCUAGAGUGAUUUCGCUGCCUAACUUUGAUGUCUUAUCUUUUGACCUGUGAGGUGAAGAGGAAGGAAGAUGAAGGCGAAGUCUGGGAUGAAUGAAGAGAGUAUGUUUGCGUGUUACAUGAAUGAGUGGUUAUCCGUGUGUUACUCAAUCCCCCAGGGUCCAAAAAGUCCAGCCUCAGACCCCUCAGACCUUUGAAAUACUCUUCCUCUCAUAUCACAAAGGGAAAGCUCAGAUAUUUUGCAUUUUUCUAGUCUGUUUCCAGCGUUUUUGAAUAUUUUGGCUCCUGUGGAAGAGUUGGCGUCUUUUGGACUUCUAGGUCUGACUCACGUGGGUGAACCUUGGCUGAUAUCUGACAAAGUAUCUGAACAUUCAGGAACAUAUUUCACUGGAAAAUAGGAGUGUUUUGGGUUUGUCAACGGUAUCAGCAUGUUUUUAAUCCGCUUAGGGACUUAUUUAUUCAUAAAAAUCAACAGUGUGAUGAUUUAGCUGCUUUCAAAAUCCAGAAAUUCAACUUUCUUCAACUUUCUUUUGCCCCACGAUUGAGUCAAAUCAAGAUCCGACACGACCCAACAGAUCAAACCGGUAUAAUCGUGUUAAAACCAGAACAAAUGAGCUGUUUUCAGGUUUUGAUUUGUCGCCUUUGGGGUUCAUAAGCUAACGUAGAACAGAGAUCGUCCACGAAGAGAUUCAAAGUCUUUUUUGGGGAUAUAACUUUUACUAUGUUCCUGGAAACUUACCCAAACACUCGAAAACAUCUUGCCUUACAAUAAUCCUAACCACUAACCCAGUCGACUACUUGAGUGUCCCCUUUUCAGAGGACUGAAGUCAGGCACGUGUCUCCAUAAGGAUGCUAAACCAGAAUCAUUCACACACGCUCAAACAGAGUGUGUUUACCCUGGAUACCCCAAACACCCAUGAACUACUUGCCUUAUUCUUACCUCAGAUACCAACCCAGAACCUGCGGCUUCAAAGCGGGGACAUGGCUAACACUCCAGUCCCCUUAAAAACCGAAGUCAGGCACAUGGAACCCAUAUGGAGGCUGAGGUCGCUUUCACACCAGAGCUGUUUGAUCCGCUUUAAACGGACCAGAGUUCGUUUCCCCGGAUAGUCCGUGAAAGCUCAUCCGAACUCCGGUGCGGACCAAACAAGCGAACUCUGGUCCGCCUGAAAACGUGGGUCUCGGUUCGCUUGCAAGUGAACCCUGGUCCGGUUCGUACGCAGUGUGAAAGCUCACCGGACCAAACACAGGACCACAUGGACGUUAUGACGCUAUACGCAGUGCAUCUUGGGUAGAGGAAGCACAAGUGACCACUGACAUUAGCAGUAGCUAGCUUAGCUCAAUUGUCUGAACAACAAUAACCCAUAAAUUCACAAUUUGGCAUAUUUAAACAAAAUCAAAUCGCAACUACCAACAGUUGCAGUCCUUAAACUCUGAGCUCAUAUGUCAUCACAUGUCAGAUCGUCAAAGUAAGAAAACUAACAGGAUCAAUCCCUGACAAGCUACGAUAGCAUUAUAGGAACAGCUGCGUUCGCUAACAUUGUAGCAUUCCAUGAAAUAAUGCGACGAAGCGCGAUACAAGACGGCUAGUCCACCCCUGUUUGUAAUCCGUGAGGUUACAUACCUCUCCUACUUUGUCCAAUCGACGUGCGCCACUUUCAACCACGUGAUGCUGCUCGGAAAGUUCGGUGCGCUUUAGAAAUCACAGCGUCAAAGCAGAACAAUGUUGCGACUUUCAACUCCUCAAUCGAACCGAGUCGGCUUGGUCAGGUGUGAAAGCGACCUAAAUCAAAACACAAACACACACCGUGUUGUUUAUAAUAAAUACAGGGACACUGGGAGAGAAAGUUUUAUGUACUGUCAGACACGAUUUAAGGGGGAAACACAAGCAUGGACAGAGUGUGUGUGUCUCUGCGUUCUGCUAAAUCUUAGUGAAGGAUUGAGUCUUUACUUAUUUAUUGUUUUCUACUGAUUCUGUGGAGUUUACUCUACCCAAAAACUGAUUUUUAUGUGAGGGGUGAAGCUGCCUUUCUUGGACUCUUUUGUUGGAAUGGAGUUAAAGUUUGUUGCGGUGAUAGUCAAGGUUGAAAAGUCGAAUCAAAACCUGCAUAAGUUAUCCUUUUGUCAUCCAAAGUAAGCUAACUGUUUUAUCUGAUGACUCGGAAUCAUCGGCUAACGGUUAUAACCUGAAUCUGACUCGUUUACCUGACGGUUUACUUCCAUGGUCACGCUCAAGUUGUCUGUGAUCCAUCUUACCAGCAGGGUUUUGAUUCUCUCAGGUAAACAACCUCAGCGUAAAGACUUCUUGGCGAUUGGAUCGAGAUCUUUUGGCUCGGCAAGAACCGGCUAGCAGUGGUUUUGUAUUUGCGUGGGAUAACACCAUUAGGUCCCUGCGAUCAGGCAAUGAAACACUAGAUCAAGUUCACGGUUUACAUCCCACUUUGGAUCAAAACCAUAGAAGAAACUGGAAACUAAGGCGGCUUCACCCCUCUUUGUGUUUUUCUGUAUGUAUAUAGAGUUAUUAUUAAUCCCGUGUUUCAUAAAUAAGAAGGGAGCGUCAUUACAGGUGUAUUCUAACAAAGUAUUAACAGAUAUCCUCGGACGAAUCAAAGUGAGAACAACUGCCAGGUGAGACAUGAUGUCACUUGUUUCCACUGAGAAGUCCUAUUUCUCAGAUUAAGUGACUUAAAUCACAUGACCUGAUCUGCCUUUUUUAUCUAACGUUUAACGAAAUCAAGUUACUGAUAUUUCCGAUAGAUUUUCUUUAUAUGACUCUUGUUUAAAUCAGGAUAAGCAGCAAAACUAAAAACAGAUUUUAAGCUUUAAGCAAAGUAAAUGAUGACCGGAGAUCCUAGACUGUGGCUAUGGGAGGCGUUUGUUAGCUUGUAUGCACACCCUGUCAUUCCAUUUUAUGGUCCCAGUUGCAAGAUUUAAGUCUGUCUUAAAACUAAAUAUUGUUUAUUUAUUAAAGGACCAUUUGUUGUGCAGAACGUUAUUCCUUUCCAACACUUGUAUACUUUUAUAAUCCUGCAGUGUAGCUAAAUUCCACAGGAUACGGAAUGGCUGCUCUCCGCUCCGGAACGGCAGCCUGAUCAAAUACGCAAUCAACGUACGUGAUUCCACACAAUCUGUCCGCCAUCUGGCUCUGCUGCGGGUCGGUUCUGGUGGUUGGAUCAGAUAGGCAAGGCUUCAUUUUUUGCCAGACGCCGCAGCACAACGUAUCUGCUCAUUUUUGUUUUGGUGUUUUUCCGCCUCCGCAUUUGUCUGCACCAAUCUCCCCUCUCAGAUUACACUCACCCCGAAUUUCCACCGCAUCCAGAACAGCUCAAAUCUGGAACGGCUGCGAUUUUCGCCUCCCGCCAAUUCCUACCGGAUCCGUUUGUGGGGCGGAAUCGCGAGGAAUCGCAAGAACUCACAAGAACUUGCAGAUCCACGUUCAAUCGUGCGAUAACGAGUUGUCUCUAUAAAGACAGACACAGACAUAUAAGCAGUAGAUUCUGUCCUUCCAGAGGAGGAAAUCUACUUCUAGACUUCUAGAAUCAGCAUCUCCUCAUCCAUGGUGUCAUCGGGGUGAAAUGACGUGUAAAAAAUCUUUCACUUGUUCGUCCCCUGCCUGUUUGCAUGGUGCUCCGGCAUCCAGAAAAAAUGGAACUCUUGCGAUCAGCUGCGGAAUCCAGCGAUCUGCAGCGCGACGGAAGGAAGCCGGUGGACAUUGACACAUUUUCAUGAAUGUUUACAAUCAGCUGCGACUGGCGGGUAGGACCUUUUUGUUGCCGUUCCGGAUGCGGUGGGAAUCAGAGGUCAGGCAGCCAGUCAGCAUUGUGGAGUAUUAAAAUUGUAUUAGGACAUGUCUUAAACACACAAAAGCAGUCUCAUGGUAUGUCAUGGUGUGUAUACAAGAAGAAGUAAACAUCUUGGUAACGGAGCAAACAUCUUCCAAAAUAAAAGCUGCCUUAUUAUGUUACAGUGUUUGAAAUGGAUUUACAGAGGAGGAUGGAAGCUCGAAAGGGUCAAACUGAUGUCUUGCCAUAGCUGCUGUUUAUCAGUCUCUACUCACUGUUUCAAAGGCGGGCACAUUUACAAUGUGUUCAACCCAGGUUUGUUUUUAACUGUCUGUACAUAAGGAGGUUCAUAUUCUUUAAGGAAAAUGUGCAAUUUUCAUGAAGGGAAAGUUACUGAAAUUCAACAGUUGUUUGUUUUCUUUUUUUGUGUGUGUGUGUCUGUGGAGAUCCGGGUGAACUACAACAUGGUUUGAAAUGUUUUUCAAAAUUAUGAGGUGCACGAGGUUUUUGAAAUUGAACAUUUUUGGUCAAAGUUCAACGACUGAUAAUGACUUAAAAAUCUGUUCCCUUGCCUUUUCUGUAAAAGCAGCGUCACUCCUCGCGCCUGAAUGUUUUUCCGGCAGAAUCGAGCGCACCUCUCCGCGGUGAAAACAUUUGAAACUGUAAAUACUUUUCAAGCUUUGUGUUAACUAUCAGGGUACUGGCUUGCUUCUUUGAAAAAUGCAGUUGAUCUGUAUCUGUUUGUUUUUGUAUCGAUGUUGAACAACAGGGCGCGCUGUUUCAUUCAACCACAUUGGUGCGAUUUUUUCGUUUUGCAUUCGUUUAAAUCCGGCUAGAUGAGCGUCGACCGAAACAAAACAAGCGCGCCCUGUUUGCUGUUUCCAUGACAGCGGGAAGGAAUGUGUGUACAAACAAAAGGGCCUGAAAUUAACACUCCGCCACCGGCCAAUCACUUCACUUUUACCGGUUAGUUAAAAAAUCUUGAAUUUUAUCGGCUCCUUUCUGAAAAAUAUUUGUAACAUGUACCCAAAGAGAUAAAAGGUUGAUUUUCUUAUCCUGCACUUUGACCCUUGAGGAUUUCCUCCAGCCGGUAAAGUCGUGUUUUUGUUGGCUGGUUGGCCCCAAAAAGUUAGCUUCACGCCCUACGAACAACCAAUAAAGAGUUUAAUAUCAUGUUUAUUCAUGAUAAAGCAGUUUACAACAGACUGAUGUUUUAUUUAUUUAUUGUUCCUAUCUCUAAACCGUGACCUGUGUAUCAUUCCUAAUGACUUGCUGCUCUGCUUGUUCAACUGGAAGUAAAAACAGACGUCUUUUAA